AGAAACUGGGCUCGCGCUGGAGUCAUGGCAAAACCUCUGGUUUUGGCAUUGGAGGUUGCUCUGGAGCAGAAGAUGCUGGAAGAGGUACGAAGAUUGGCUGCUGCUGCUCAACAAAUUUCGAGAAAACUGCUCGAGCUCGAAGAUGAAAGCAUUGUCCCGGCAAUCCAGGACCUGUUGAAAGGGUACGACAACGACUCUUCUCAUUUGACUUGGACUGACGCUCUACGGGUUGCUAUCAAGGUCUUGAAGAGCGAAUGGUUGACAGAGAAGACCAAUGGUAAAUAUCCAAAACAAAUUGUCUUCGAAAUUCCGAUGGGGUUUUUUCGCAUCGCUGACAAGUGUCGAAUGCUAUUCAUGGUAGAGGAGAUUGCCCUUCGUUGCCGGCCCCAAGGGUUUUUUGUGGACGAUAAUCGAAUUUUUUUUUGUCGUUUUCCGGGAGAGCACGUAUCUGAACCCAUCUGCUGCCAUACAAAAGUUUUUGGAUCGGAUUUGCUUAACUUUGGAGCGAUAUUAGAGGUUAGCAGCUUGGAUUUGGCCCACGCAGAUGCGCCUGUGGGAUUAGUCGAGUCAGCCGGUGUUCGAAGGUCUGCUAUAGGAGAAAUAGGAGUAUUUAUGCUAGUCCUCUUUCCAUAAGCAGACAUUGCAGAUUGAAUAUACACG